UCCCCCCACCCCCGUAGCCUCCAGCACCCUCACACCCUUUCACAGCCAAACGGGGCCUUUCUCCUCCAUACACUCAGAACGGAGGGGACCAAUCAGGUGUGAAGCUCCCUUCCCCACCAGUCAGAUUGGAGACAUCAUCUCUGUGUCAGGACUCAGUGGAUUUAUUUGAAAGGCAAAGUAGCAGAGGGGCAGAGGCAGAGGGAGAGAUCCUCCACCCACUGGGUCACCCCACCCCCCAAAUGGCCACACAGCCAGACCUCAGUUUAGGAUAACUUGGGGGCUGUGGGACACCACUACGGACACCUCUAAUCUGCCCUUUGAUGUCUAGAUCCCAUGCAGGUUUCUCUCUGAUGAGAAUCCCCAGUCUCUUGCCGUCACUGGGCCCCACUCAGCUGGAGCAAGGCAGCUCACGGUUUCAUGAGCCCUUCUCCCCUUCGUGUCAGCAGUCAACAGUUGCCACAGCAGAAGCAGCAUCCACCCAUCAGAGUGAUGCUCCUGCAAAGACUGCAGGGCAGAGGCCAGAGCUGGACAAGGCCACAUGGGAAGGCAGCACAUUGCUGAGCAGUGUGACAUAGGGACAACUGGUGCCCUACUUAUGGCCAGACCAUGACCAGGACUACUCAGGCACAGGGAGGGGGGCAUCUGUCUGGUGGAAGAGGAGUCUCUGGGCAGAGCUCUGAGGUCCUGGGCUCUCCUUCCCUUUGUGUCUGAGAGUCACCCUUAAAAUGAGGCUUGGUUUCACUGGGGAUGUGUGAAGGAGGAGGAGGAGGGACAAUGCAGAUGUGGUAUGUGAGAAUGCCUGAGGGCUUUCCCGAUUCACAGUCUAUGAUGACUGCCCAGUUCCAGAGGUUGGCCACUCAGGGACGCAGGAUGCAGAGUUCGUUGUGCAGCUCCAGCACCGGGCCGGCCCGCCCAGGAGCACAAGAGCCACUCUCUGUGCAUCUAGCUCUCAGCAGGAGGAAGAGGAGGAGGAGGGGAUGACCAGAGACAAGGGUUGCUCCCCAUCCAGUGCGUGGCGGCUGUGCCUCCAUCCAGCUGCUCAGUCAUUGUCCCUUUUGCACUUUUAAUCUAAGCCUGUUACUGACGUUGCCUGGGCCACCAUGGCAAUAUGCAAAAUAUUUCUCCCACAGAGAUGCCCAAGCACAGAUCCACAGAACUCCCUGCCAUUGAGCUCAGAAGCCUGUGGCACACAGCAGGGAGCACACUCGGGAAGGGGGCUCUAUGCUCUCGGUAGAUCCUGGCAUCACAGAGCUGCCUCUGCUGGGGUUUGCCAUUUCCCAACUUCUUAAGGAAGAGAUGGAAAGCAAGACUGAGAAACAGACAGACUCAGGGUGAGACAGAGAUAGACAGAGAGAGGCUGUGCCCUGGCCAGCCACUUCUACUGAGCCCUGUGUCCUCCCAGCAGGUCUUUGUGCUUUAGAGCUGUCUUCAAGCCCAAGGAGCCCAUUUGCCCAGGGUGACUGGCAGCCCGGAGCGUAGAGGCGGUGGUAUCACGGCCAUGAUGAUCAGUGGAAUCAGUGGGACGAGGACUCCAUUUCCCUCUGGCUCUCCAUCCCCAGAGGGUUGCCUGCCAGAGACAUCUUCACCAAGCUCUGCUCUAUGGACACAAAUGACGUAGUUGGGAGACUGUCUCCAUGACCUCAUUCAACUGCAGAUGAGCCCCAGUGCCUCCUGGAGUUCCUGAGGAGCCCAGGGCCUUGGCACGAGUAGCUUCCAGGAGAAGAGCCUGGACCACAGCAGAAGACGACUCCUGAGCCUUGAACUCCUGCGAGCCAGCGACUCGACACAGGACUUCCUGUGAACAAGACAAAGACCAGUUCUGUCUCUCUGACACUCAAGUGUAUUGUGGGAGGCUGACAGCAAACACACAUAAAAAUAUCAUGAAGUGUGGUGCCAAGUCCAUAGGGAAAAGGAGGACAGAGAAGAGGAGGGUGAGUGCUGGGGAAGGGUACAACUGGACAUCUCAGAGAUGAAAUAAAAAUUUAAAGAAAGCUGGACAUAAUUUCAACAGAGAAGAUUGAUGGAAUAAAUAGUCACGUAGUUAUCAUGAAGAACAGUCAAGGAAUUGGGGUGGUAAGUAAGUGCAAAAGUCCUGAGGUAAGAGCGUGGCCCAGAAACAGGAGGGAGGCUGCAGUUCAGAAAUCAAGGGGGGCACACGCCCUCCCCUUGGCCAUGUUCUGUUAGUGAGAUGCCAGGUGCAGCUCUGGCCACCUCUGGAGGGAGGGAAUUGAACAGUCCAGCAAACUGGGAAGCAGGGAUGGUUGGAGCCCACCUCAGAAGACUGUCUAGUGCAGUGAGCUAUUGGCAUUUUUUCCUUCCUGCUUGUUCAUUUUAUCCUUUGGAGGCAUCCUCUCGCUUUCACUGAUCAUCUCCUCAGCUGAUGGAAACUGCUCAUGUCUGCCAUUCUGUGCUGCCAGAGCCAGUGCACUGAUUCCUAGUUUCUUGGGAAGCGAGAGAGCCUUUCCAGUGGAUCACUUUCCAACAGCCAGGACCAGGCUGGGCUGAGGUCUUUUAUUUGCUCACAGUCAUGGGUGCAAUUUUCUCAGCCGAGCCUAGCAAAGAAUGCCAAGAUCUGGAAUCCAGCUUUAAAGACUAUAUUAAUAACUUCAGGGAGGAAAACAAAAUCCUCUCUCAGGAAACCAUCCUUUCAAUCGAGUCAUGCCUGAGCAGAGGAGACAUUCAAGGCGCACAUUCCAUAAUCAGUGGUACAUUAGAAAAUAUUGACAAGAUCCCACUGAAUGUUGCUGUGACGGGGGAGUCGGGAUCUGGGAAGUCCAGUUUGGUGAACUCCCUGAGAGGGGUGGGACACGAAGAAGAAGAUGCGGCUCCCACUGGGGUAGAGGAGACAACCAUGAAGGAAAUGCCAUACAAACACCCGAAAUUUCCCAACGUGACAAUAUGGGACUUGCCUGGCAUCGGAACCACUAAUUUCCAGCCGAAAGAUUAUCUGGAGAAAGUCAAGUUUGGUGUGUAUGACUUCUUCAUUAUUGUUUCUGCAACACGCUGCAAGAAAAAUGACCUAGACCUGGCCAAAGUUAUAAAAGCUAUGAAGAAGAACUUCUACUUUGUGAGAACCAAGGUGGACCUGGAUUUACAAAAUGAACAGGAAUUUAAACCAACUACCUACGUAAGAGACAAGGUCUUAGAAGUGAUUUGAAACAAAUCUCUGAAGCAAUUUCAGAAGAAUAAUAUUGAAACACAAAUCUUCUUAAUUUCUAACAGAGAUUUGUCUGAGUUUGAUUUCCCAAUCCUGAGGGACAUGCUACUAAAGGAUCUCCCUGCUCAGAAGCGCCACGCGUUCAUGCUUUCCCUGCCCAACAUUACUGAGGCAGCCAUUGAUAGAAAGAGGGACUCACUAAAGCAAACUAUCUGGCUAGAAGCCUUCAUGGCUGGAUUUUCGGCUACCAUUCCUGUAGUGGGCAUCAUACAGGACAAUGAUGUGAAGAAGCUGGAUGACACAUCUCUGCAGAGUCUGGCUAAGGAUUUGCAAGUGCCUGUGGAAGAACUCAAAGCUGUUAUUAAGUCUCCCUAUUUGUUUGACACUGAAAAGGAAGAAACAACAGGGGAAAUGGCUUUGAAAUUCUUGGAGAUUUCAAGUUCAGUUGCUUUCCCUCCUCUUGCUGCAGGCCUUUACUUUAGGAAAGUCUUCUACCUACAAUUACAUAUCCUUGACACGGUGACCAGUGAUGCUAAAGUUCUGCUAAAAAAGGCAUAUUCCAAAAAGUGUUGACUUCUCAGUAGACUAAAAUCCUCUGAGUGUUGAAAUCCAAAUUUGUGGAGAAAAAUAGCACAGUGGAAGCCACCAAACAAUAUAAAGAGUUUCUUGAGAGCAUCCACCAUUGACUCAUACUUUCCGACUGCAUAUCCCUGUUAGAUGGACUAAGGGCCUGGGAUAAGUUCAAAUAUGGGCAGAGCCAAAUACACGCAUCCACUUCCAAUAAACCAGCACAUCAGAUGAUUUUACCUUCAUCAGAAAUUUAAUGUAGCUGUCACCUUGACGACCUGACAGUAGCUCCUUGAAACCCAGUUGUACCCUAUCCUCUUCAACCUAGUAAAAACUUCCUUCCUUUGUGGUUGUUUGUGAUACAGCCUGACUUUCUUGCAUCUCCCAGACCCAGAUCUGAUACACGCGCUGAUGCUGACCGUGAUAAAGCCUGUUGGUCAACAGCUGAGUCAUAUGGGUGAGCUCCCUCUUCUCACUGUCUUCUAAAGCAGCUAACCUCCAGUCCCAUGGGAAGGCCUGCAGGAUGGCACUCGUGGCCCUUAACGGAGGCCUGGCCCCACAGCUUCACUCUUUUUCCUUUUUUCCUGCCCACUGUUUGAGCUCCAUAUCACGUCUGGACUUCCUGUUAACAUCCUUCCUAACCUCUCUGAAUCUUGUGAGAACUCAGUUUCUUCUGGUUCACGCACUGUAGUCUUCCUUUUGACUCAGCUGACACACACGGAAACCUAGUCAGGGCCAUCUUGGAACCGAUUGUCCUUCAUGGCCACUUUCAACAGAGGUCUCAAAAGCCAAAUAGUAAGAACUUGUAUCACCAUGGAAAUCAUAAUAAAGUCAUAAGAAUGCUUUUGGAUCAGAAUCCUUCCCAAGAAAGUAAUUGAAGAAAACCUGUGAUUCUGUGCUGGGAACUGUGGAGACCUUAUGAAUUUAUAAAAUGUUGGCAUUCUUGGUCUUUUGAAUGUCAAGAGUGGUCAGCAAUUGCUUUAGUCCACUUGUGAUCCCAGUAGGUGCUCAAUAUAUGAUUAGUGAAAAAAGGUAUUUGCCAUUGCUAUGUUGCUAUUCUCAAUAAAUUCAAGAGUACUUCAUAUUGA